GCUCUGAUUCAAAUACAGGUCAUUGUCAUUGAAAUAUAUAUACUUCCAUGCAUAACAUGUUUACAUUCGUCCUGGAGGUUAUAGGUUUAAUUGACCGGAUAUAACGCACAAUAUCAUGAAUAUGGCGACGGAAGGUAAAAGUUACAUUUAUAUACCAGAGACGGUGGAUACAUCAUACAUAUCUAUACCCGAUAAACUUAGAGAAUUAGCUGAGGAGUGUCCUGGCAGGGAAGCUGUAAUAUUUUGUUCAACAGACGAUGACCGUUGUUCAAUUACAUACUCUCAACUGUACACAAAGGCAGAACUGUUCGCUAAAAGAAUAAUUGCACAUGGAUUUGAGAGAGGAAGUAUAAUUGCAGUAGCAAAUAUAAACACACCAGAAUGGCUUAUUUGUACUUUUGGGCUACAAAUGGCAGGACUAGUGCCACUACAUUUUGCCUUUGCCAGGGAAAGUCCAAACAACGUGGUAAAUCUUUUGAAUGGAGUCGGUAACUGUGUUGCAAUCAUCCUAGAUUCGAGCGAUAUUGGGGUUUCUAAACAGUUUAUAGAAACAAUGGAAAGUAAUGGCAAGGCUGUCAGCACAAAGAUCCCAGCAUUGAAAUACGUCUUUCCAAUGAAUUCAUUCAUCGGUGAAGAAUACCUAAGAGAUGAACAAAUUCCCAGUGGUUCUGACCUGCCAUAUAUUACUGCCGAUGAUGUAUGUGGUAUCUUCCUUACUUCUGGUAGUAGUGGCAUGGCUAAGGCGGUACCAAUGACUCACAGGAGGAUGAUAGAAAUGGGUGUACACUGGGGGAAACUUCUUGACGUUAAGCCUGGAGAAAAGUUCUACAACGAUAAACCUUUCAGUUGGCAGGGCAGCUAUCCUACAAUAUGGCUUGCCACAAAAGGAUCUCGGGUUACAGCAACUGAUAUUUAUGCAAUGAAAUCUAUAGAGGAGAUCAAUGACUUUACUCUCCGUGUUUUGGAAUCGGAAUCUUGUGUCUCGGCUUUCCUUUUAACACCGUGUAUAUCGGACCUAAUAAGCAGAAAGGAAACGAAUGUCAAUGUAUUUCCCCUUCGUGCUAUCUGUACUGCAGGACUUCCUGUGGAUUCUUUUUGUGCAAAUGUGAUCGGGAAAACGGCUAACAAAUUUGCAGUUGCUUACGGUUGUACAGAGAUUGGAUUUAUGUGUAGCGCUGUAGUAAACUCGAACGAGUACGAAAAUUAUUACGUUGGACACCCAUUACCUGGUACAGAAAUUAAAAUAGUUGAUGAAAAGGAACAUAUUGUCCCAAAAGGCACAACUGGAGAAAUCUACGCGCGGUUAAGAUACCGAUUUCUUGGCUAUUUGAAUGCCAAAGAAAAGGCUGAACAGUGCUGUGACAAGACUGGUUGGUACAAAACGGACGAUGUAGGAUAUGUCAAACAAGACAAUAGCGUAGUGGUAACGGGGCGGAAAUCAGAUACAAUGGUUAUAGGUGAUGCUUUAGUAUCACCGUCCUAUAUCGAAGGUAUUUUGAAGACUCAUGCAUCUGUGGCGAACGUUUACAUUUGUCCUGUUCAUGAUAGACAGACAUUUCAGCAUGGUUGUGCAGCAAUCGUGUUAAAGAAAAACAAAACAGUUACAGGAGAGGAACUAGUACACUUUCUAACGAAAGAAAAGGGGAAAUAUUCGGAGAGUUUUCUUGCAACCUUACAUGUCCCCAAGACAUUUCUGUUCUUUGAAUCAUUUCCAACAACUCAUAGUGGAAAGCUCGACAGAAAAGCUUUAAAAGAUGAAAUAAUGAGACGGCUACAAAAGCCUGACUAACAUUAUUAUAUCUAUACAGGAUAGAUUAUGUGUUAAAAUCUCUUUCUAUAUAUAUAGUUCAUAUGAUGUUACAAAGAUUCAUAGUGAAAAAGUUUCUUGUUCUUAAUAUAGUAAUUUAAUUGUCAGUUCAAACUUUGUCGUCAUCAGUUUGCAAAAUUUUCGGCAAUAUUUCCCAUUUACCUGUUAUUUUGGUUUGUUUAUACUAGAAUCUAUAAAAACAACUAUUUAAAUUAAAUUAUCUAUUAUGCUC